CGUUUCUUGUGUGAAUUCUUUUGACAAUUGGAGAUGAAGUCAGACCUGUGAAAUUCCCUUUGGUUGUGAGCACAUGGCCCUUCAAGGAAGCUGUUAGAGCAGCAUGGAGGACUGCAGAGAGUGGGCUUUCGGCGAUUGAUGCAGUCGUAGAAGGCUGCUCUGCAUGUGAGCUACUGAGAUGCGAUGGUACAGUUUUUCAUAAUUGUGCCCUGAUGGCCGGAAUUUGAGCCUGUUCGUUGUGGCACUGUAGCCCUUUUGCCUAGGUGGUAUGGUUUCCUCCAUUCUUAUUCCCCCUCUCUCACUUUCUCUCCCUCAUCCGUCUCUCUAGUUUCCCCGGAACCGAAUCCCUAGCCUCCUCCUUAAAAACUCGAGUUACCACUUGCUGCCACGAUGCAGCCGCCACCACUUCCGCAACCGUCUUCUCCUCCAGAAACAAACAAGACUCACUAAAAUCACAGGACUCCCCUCUUCUUUUCCCCACUUCUCUGUUGAAUCCAAUCUACAUAUAUCGUCGCCACUGCAGGAGAUUCCUCCACCGCAGCAAAAAGCUACCUCUCUUUGACUGUUGGUCCUGGUGGAAGCCCAGAUGAGAAUGGAGAAACUACAAUUGAUGCGAUGGUCAUGAAUGGGAUAUGAAUAGGUGACAAUGGAGGUUGGAGCAGUUGCUGCAAUGCGGUAUGUCAGUGAUGGCAUCAAAGCUGCUAGAUUAGUAAUGCAGCAUACAGAACACACUUUGCUUGUCGGAGAGCAAGCAUCAAGAUUUGCAAUAUCUAUGGGUCUUCCUGGCCCCACUAACCUAAGCUCUGAAGAAUCUAUAGAGAAGUGGGUUAAUUGGAAAAAGAAUAGUUGCCAGCCAAAUUUUCGGAAGAAUGUGCUGCCAGUUAAUGACUGUGGUCCAUAUCAUCUGAAUAGUACCACGAACCUGGGUGAGAAAUUUUUCUCGAACAAUGAGAGGGUUGGUCUUGAUGCAUCUAGGCCAAACCAUUUUGGUCUCCAUAACCAUGAUACAAUAGCAAUGGCUGUUAUUGACAAAAAAGGACUUAUAGCUGUUGGUACCUCAACGAAUGGUGCCACCUUUAAGAUCCCUGGCAGGGUUGGUGAUGGACCUAUUGCCGGUUCUUCUGCAUAUGCUGACACAGAAGUAGGAGCUUGUGGGGCAAGUGGCGAUGGUGAUAUCAUGAUGCGCUUUCUCCCUUGCUAUCAAGUCGUGGAGAGUAUGAGGCUAGGCAUGGAACCUAAGCUUGCUGCUGAAGAUGCCAUUGCAAGAAUUGCAAGGAAAUACCCUCAUUUUGUCGGAGGCGUUUUUGCAGUCGACAAGAAUGGCAUCCAUGCAGGUGCAUGCCAUGGUUGGACAUUUCAGUACUCAGUGAGGAGCCCUGACAUCGCUGAUGUGCUGGUUUAUACCGUAAACCCAGUAAAAUCAACAGCUUGAUGCAGUCACUUCCGCGGCUCAUACUUUCUUCUUAUCACCUGCACACCUCAGAAAUACUCCAUAUGUUUUGAUGGAUUGCCUCUGAAUGUUAUGAGAUGCUGCACUUAUCUAUUGCUUGAAAUAUCUUUUCUCAACCAUUAUCUUGUUUGUCUCUGUUUAUGACUCAAUAUAAGUCCACUUUUAGUUUCC